AUGCGCGCUUCUUUGCGACAAUCGUUAUCAGCUGUUUUGCGGAUGAGACUUCUAAACAAUGUGCGGUUCACUAUUUCUGUGAAUGAAUACUCCAGUGGAACGAUGGCGAACUGCCAAGCAAAAGUAAAGGCGUUUUAUGGCGAUAACUCAAAGUGGUAAGCAGCAGGCAUUUAUAAGAUUAAUCAAGCUUAUUUAUAUUUACGCUUGAAUAAAACUAAAAUGUACAGCAUGGUUAAGAAAAAAUCUUGUUUUAGUUUGCCUGUCAAGCUUUUGUGAAACUGUUUUUAAAAACACAUCUGUAGAUCGAGAGCAUCUAGCAAUUUAAUAGUUUAAUCUAGACGUUUUACAUGAUUUAUUUCAUAUAAUUAUCAUUAACAUCUCGACGUUUUGUUAUCCACAAGCUUGAAUUGUGCUACAUAAUAAAUUUUCCUUACGUUAUUUAAGCUUAAGCUUAUAUGCUUGCGAAAAUUGAGCUUAUGGCUGACCAAUUCAUGCAUACAGUGAACCCUUCAGAGAAGCUUUGACUUCACAUAAUAUGAUCGACGUGUAAUUAACCAGAACCACUUAAUGAAUGUAAUUAUUGUACUAGCUAAAUGUUUUAUUGACACUAUGUGUAUGAUAGACCUUAUCACGGGUUUUGGAAGCCAUCUUGCUGGGUAGGCAACUGCGUGAAAAAAAAAAAACUAUUUGUAUAAGAAUCUAAUGUCGAAGAAAGUAGGUAUUGUAAACUAAAGCUACACUGUAAUUUGUGAUAUUUCUUUUUUGGACUCCCUAAAAAUCUUUUCAAUAUAAUUGUCAGAAGAAUAGCAGGGCACAAGCACAGGUACCCCAAGCUCACGAGUGACAAUCGUUGUUGCAUAACAGAAGUAAUGAGGUUAGUGGUUGUUAUUAAGGGGUCAAAAGUAUGUAAUAAAAGACAUCAGAAUUUCUUACCGUUUCUCCUUGGUUAAAUAAUUUAUGGUUUGUUCUUGGCAUUUCUGACCAUUUCAGUGAGAUAAACCGUUAUAAUAUUUCUGUUGCACCACAACGAUUCUCAGUUACUUCUUGACUUUGGGGUACCUGUGGGCACAAAUUGAAAAGGGAGUGGGAUUCCAUUUUUUUGCACAAGACAUAUUUCGGGCCGGGGGUACUUAUCAAAACGUUUGCAUUUGGAGGGAUGUAUAUUUUUUUGUUGCACUUAUUCCAUCCCCUGUCCCACCUUUUUGUCAUAAUUAGUGAUCAGUCAGUUAAUAAGCUAUUUACAUUAUGUGAUGUCAUAGCAUCUACAAACACUGGGAGCGAAAAAGGAUUAAACUGGAAAAAGUUGCCACUGAAUUUAGCCGACACCCAAUCAUUCCAAGAAGGAAACUAAGGUAUGUAAAAAAUCAAAAAUGUUUUGCAUCCAACCCAAAAUGUGCCAGAAAUAAAUAUCCUACUUUUCUCAUUUCUAAAUCAGUUUUUUGUCAGAGUAAAAAGAAAUGUUAAACUAAGUUUCUGACUCAAAAUUGAUUUGAAAAAAGAAAGAAAAAAAAAAUGAACAAAACCUUGUUGGGGGAGUUGCACCCUCUCCUCCCCCCUCCUUCUUUGUACGUGUACUUGUAACAGUUAACAGGUAAAAUUAAUAUUAUUUCUCUUUCUAAUAAUUGCUCCUGGUUAUUUGCAAGUAGGAUAGAUGACCCCUUGCCUGUGUUUGAGACCUUUCCACGUCAGCAAAUGGCAUUUGAUUAUGUCAUGACCUGCCACCAGGUAGGUCAAUAUCAUGAUGUUUUUUGACACAUAAAUGUAUCUACUGGUUACUGUAUGUCAUAGAAUGUAAGUUAUGUAGUUGAAGCAAUGUUCUAAAUACCAAUAACAAGAAGUAGCCUGUAUUUUAAUGUGUAAUCUAAUCUUUUGGAUUAGAAGAGACAACAAGACAUGCCCCCUACAGUAAGCUUGGACGUCAGCAUUUAAGGGUGCCACUGGCAGCUGCUACCACCAUUUGUCUCAUUUAUAGUUAACAAUUCAUUGUGAAGUAGAAGUUGGGUGCCUGAGAUAUCCAGGAGCUUCCACUAUGGGCAGCUAGCUCCUUGAAGGGUAUCCCUCCCAUGGCUGGCAAAUCCUGGCAACCCUGCCAUGAGCCCCCAUCGCAUAUUGUACGAGAGAAGAAAGAAGGCACCCAUCACACUAAGCAAGUCAGUGGAAAGAGGGAAGCAGGGUUUUCAACAGUUUUUGAAGUAGGAGUUGCGUUUAUUUGAGUAGGAGUUGCAAGGCCCGGAGGGCCUUGCUCUCUAGGGGGGUCUGGGGGCAUGCCCCCCCAGGAAAUUUUGAAUUCCUAGACUCUUUUUUGUCACUGUCAGCGACCACAUCUCCCGUAAACCACGCUGUCGCUUUUCUGCCAUUUUGCCGUGUUCUUGGAGACGAAAUGUGGCGUUUUAUAUAGAGUCGCUUCAGAAACCGCUAACUACAAUGUUCCCUGUAACUGAGACCCAGUCUUCGACUCGUCCUCAAUGUUUACUCAACGUAUUACGCAGAACGUAUUUUAAAAGCAGACUCAAGAUGUUUUGGCGAAAUUCUCCAGAAAAAUGUCAAGUUUGCUUGCUCGCAACAGCUUUGUGAACACUUACCACUUUUUAUCAAAAGUUUUAUUUGUCAUAUAAUUUACCUAAGGGAAAGUAGGCGUCGCAAAUCAAAAAAAUGCCGUCGGAUGCGACGGCCGACGGCUGAUUUUGAAAACACUGGGAAGGGAGAGAGGAGACUGUUAUAAACUGAGUCCUUACAAGUGAAACACCAGGCUGAAUAAAUGCUCACUAAAUUUGCCCAAAAAUGCCAAAAUGCCAUGAUGCUAAAACACACUUGAACAUGCUACAAUGCACACAAAUCCAAGAGAACAUGCAUAUGGGAUCCUGGUGCAUGCACAUCUCACAACACCACUGGCCAACAAGAUAAGACUAGCACUCUUUGUUGUUAAGCUCCAUUAAAUUGCAUUUAAUUGCAUCUUAAGUUUCCCUACUAUAGCUUGAUCCACCCCAUCAUACUAUAACAAACCAGACAUCUAAGUAACACAUUCAACAAGAUUAACUUUUAUCAAUGUAUCCUUACAAAUGGAGUAAAUGAAUCGGUCACCCUGGUGGAUCAAAAUGGAAAUACUAAGUACUACAUUUAUAUUCAGGCUCCAUGGAUAAUACAAUAAUUAAAAUUCUUUCAGUUUCUGCUGAUUAUAUUUGUGAUCUUAGAUAAUACCAAUAUUGCAUUAUCUAGAGCAAGUUUUCUGCUUUGCUUUUGAGAAAACCAAGGCCAAAAUCUUGAAAGUCUGUGUCACUAGUAAAACAAAGUAAGCAAAGGAAGUGGAGUGAACUCAGACACAACUUUUCUUCUUUCCGUUAAACUUACAAUGGUGUUCUUUUUUGGAUUGGAAAAUUCUGCAAGGCCACACUGUAGAAUAAACCCUAUAGUUUCUUCACCUUUCAACAGCAAAAUGGGCUUGCUUGUAAACUUUACAGCUGUACUGCAUUCACAUAAUUUUUGGCUUUUUUGUUAACUCCUACAACCUGUCUUAUGGAGAUACUGUAGUGAAUCACAUUUUUCUUAUGAUAUUUUCACUCACACUGCCGUUUAGGAUGUGCAUGUCUUUGCUAGAGAAAAAGAUAACCAUGGAAAGCGCAUAUACAUUGUUGCAACCUUACCUGAGUUCUGGUACAGGUACACAAGGUAUGAUGGAUUUUAAACAAUUAUUGGAUGAGGUUUUUGUGAUAUCUGGAAUUAUUGUUAAUGGUCAAGGUAAGUGUUAUCAGCUGAGCCGAAGCCCAAGGCUGAUAACACUUACCAAGACCUUGAACUGAAUCUUAUAAUGUUGUCUUAUUACACAUUGUUUUGAAGAAAAAAAGAACAAACACAGCAUUGUGCACAUGGAACACAGUUGACAUUGCUCUGGGAAAUCAUGCAUUGCGUGCUCACGGCCUAUUGAUUAGACAGCAGGGUUGUCAUUAAGAGCCAGGGCCUUGGGAUUUUCCUCGGCUACUAAGAGAGUGGCCCCCGGCUACUUUUAUUGGAAAAUAGAAGGAAAAUAGAACCAAAAGAAACCCCUAGCCAUUUGAUUCCCCGCCUACUUGUUGUAUUAACCCGGCAACUUGAAAUCUUAGUGACAACCCUGAGACAGUAAUCUGCCAGCAGAUAACAAACUAAUUUGUAGGUUGCACUGAUUUCCAAAAUGAACUGUAGGCUCUUUGCCAAUGAGAAGACAGACAAUGAGUACAAUGUAUAUUAAUAAUAAUUAUUAACUAGUAAUAACCAAAGGUUAGGGAGUGUGUGUGACAACGAUCUAAGGUCAAACGCUUUUGCUUCAUGAAAUUUUGCCUCAUGAAUUUAUUCAUAGAAAGGUGUCCAUUGUGACCUUAAAGGGGAAAAAUUGUCUUCAGGUUUCUAGUGUACUUUUUCUUGCUUUCCAGUCUUAGCAAUACAAAUUCAUGAACUACAUCACUGCAUAAUGAUUAUUAUAAUGUUAAUGACUAGUUUUAAAUUGCCAGAUAAUCUUCUUUGUUUCCGUUAAAUUGGAAAGCCAAAAAGUUGUUCUUCUCAAAUGUCCAAAAUCAUAUAAAUUAUAGUACCAUGAAUUUCCAAUGAAUACAUGUAAGUAACAUGAAUUUUUGCAUUUCUGUUCAACUUACAGAGAAAGACCUGAAGACAAAAAUUACUACGAGGUUAUACCAGAGGGUAUGAUAGUUUUUUGAUACUGCAUUAACAUUUCACUUCAGAUAUAAUUCUUGAAAAUGAAUACAUUUUCUUAUUUAUAUACCCGAUUCAAUAAAGGUUCCUUUAGGCAUUGAGCAAUUGUGCACUGGGAGGCUACUGCUUGGCAGUCAAUCAAGCAAAUUGUUGCUAAGCAGUGAGCUCUGUACUCCUGAAAGCAACACUUAUUGAGUUAGGUAUACUGUAAACUGCCCCUUAUAAAGCUCCCCCACUUAUGAGCCCCCCCAAUGAGUUACAGGCCCAUCUACCUGUAAGCAAAAAAUACAUCCAAUUAAAAGCCCCUCCAGAUACAAGCCCCCCUCCAAAUGUAUUUUGAAUUUGAUUUAUUAUGAUGCUUUGAAGCUUACUUAAAAACCAGUAAAUGAAAAAUGUAUUUUGAUCAGCACUGCUAAUAGCUUGUUUUUGAAGGGCCUUUUCUAUUCUUGUUAUAAGUGGCCUCAGAUAUAAGCCUGUCUGUUUACAAAGCACUCCUUAAACCUCUUACAAAGCUAUAUAAGCCCAGGGCUUAAAAGCAGCAGUUUACAGUAUGUCAGAAUGGUGUUUUGCACCUGCAGUUUCUUUUUUACUGUGAUGUCAACAAUAAUACAUGUAUUAUAAUAAUUAUCAUGAAUGUAUAUAAUGAACCAAUUCGCCAUUGGAAAUUUGGCCAAAAAAUACUGUUCUAAGCUAGUCAAGCCGUUUCCUUAGUCACUGUCUGGCCAAAACGUAGCAAAACUGCCCAAAGCCUUGUUUACAAGUUACACAAUGCUGCUCUCUGUCCCUGAUGCUUAAUUACUGCUUCUCAAGUAUUUUUGGGCCUGCACAGUGGACAAAAGUUCUGCUGUUACUUUUGAUCUCUUGCCUCCUUUCUACAUGUUCUACUUUCGCUUUUCUUCCUGUUUCUUUUCUUUUGCUGGGUUUGUACAAGGCUUCAUUUCAGUGGAAAAAAAUUGGAGGGAAAGUUUUUAUGGUUGUCAGAUUAGUUUGAAGGUCGAAGUGCAGGUGGUUAGUGGAACAAGAUUUUUCCAUUACAAUUUUUGCCUCAACUUGACAUGCAUGGUUUUGUGCAUUGUUCUCUGGCCUGUUUGACUGAAUCAUGCUCAGUUGGCUAUGGUUUGAGAGAUCUCUUUCCCCUACACAGGUUAGAUGUCAAAAUAAUAAUUAUUGUCUAUGACUGUUACAUGUAAUUAAAAAUGGUGAAGUUACAAGCAGUACAAGGGACUUGGAUCCACACGAGCAGCUAUGGGUAGUUCAGGUGUCAACAGGGCAAAAGGCAGCUAAAAUAAUUGGUAGAUUGGGGGUGAUGGUGGUUUAGGCACAUAAAGGUCCUCAGAUUGAGGGUCAUUGUAUUUUUCUUUUUCCAUGACCUAAUACUACAUGGAAUAUACUUUUGAAACUGAUAUUCAUGGGAAUUUUAUUUUUUAAAUUUUUUUUUUCUCUUUUUCGCUCUUUACUGGUAGAAUAAUGACAAUUAAUCUAUUCCAAUGUUACAGGAGCUGCCUGUAGGUUGUAUUUUGACUUGGAGUUCAAGACUGAACUUAAUCCUGAGAAAAAUGGAAGCAAAAUGGUGGACACUUUUAUAGAGGUCUGUAACUGAAAAGUCAAUAUGUAGAUAUUUUAUGGCACAAAAAAAAUCCUUUUAUUGUAUGGUAUUCCACAGUUGAACUUUCAGAUGGUCAAGUGAUGAAAUGUAUUCACUCAUUAUUAUGAUAGAAGGGAAAUAAAACCAUCUUAGCUUUGCCCCCCUAGUGUUCGCUGUAUAUGGACUCGUAAAAUGAUAUAACUGGUAAAAACAUACCCUGUAGUGUCCUGUAUAGACUUUUCUCAGUUGGAUACCUUUGAAUAUUCCUUUUUCUAGUAAAUCCCUAGGCAACAAUAUUUUGAAGUGUAUACGAGAUCUUGCAUCUGAGCUUUCCAUUCAACCUAAAAUUCCUGAAAUUACGGUUGGUAUAUCAAAUGGAACGGACCAUUUCGGUUUGAUCCGAUCGGAAUAUUAUGGACCAGCUUAGAAGGUCGGUCAGACCGACCGAAAUGUCCCUUUCCAUUUGACAAAAUUGUUGUCCCCAGUACCGCUCUUUUGUAUCCUGCUUACAAGAACAAUAACCAAACGUGCAGAGGCUUGGGUCAGGUCUGUGCAACCGGAAUGUAUCGUUCCAUUGGGCACGUGGAAUUUCCGAAAUUUCAAACCGGAAUUUUUGUUGAAUGGAAACCGCCCUUGGUUACAAUUUAAAACUUUAGCUGAUUCAGCAUUUCAAAUUAAAAACAAAAACUUAUCUCAUUUUUACUGCAGUAUGUUUGUCUUCAACUCAAGGAUAUGUAUGACUUAAAUUGUGACAGAAGGACUGUUAUAGAUUUGGAUUCAAGGUAGGCGGCAACAAAAAAGACGUAAAAGUGUACUUAAGGUGUAGUAUACAGUUCUGCACUCUCAUCACUCAAAGUAAGCAAAGAACUGAUAUACCCCUAAGUAGUUUCUGUCAAGUUUAUAGGUAGAGUUUAUGCCAUUCUAUUGUUUCAACUGUAAAGAUUAUGUAGGAAACUCAAAUGUUGACGGGUCAAAUGGCUUAUUGAGUGGCGAGCAGUUUUAGUUGCAUUUUGUGCUUUAAGAAGCAUUGUUACUUGUCAGCUUCAGUUUUACAUGCUAUGCUAAGUUCUGACUUCAGUUGGUCAUGUGACAUGUUACAGUACGCAAAUAGUGGUUAGUACAGUGGUAUUUUUUCAGCCUUAGUAGCCUGAGUGUGCUUAGUGUGAGCAUUCCAAAAUUAAAUUUUGUAAGCACCCACCUAUCCCUUAAUAUACAACUACGAGUCAUUUACAAGUCUCCUUUGGGUAGGCAGACAGCUUGACUUACUGGUCCUUUUUCUACCUCCCGAGGGCUUCUGUUUAAGGGAGCUUUGACCUUCCUUUGUUGAUUAUGUUCUGUAACAAGUUGGUACUGCUGUACUACUAUUAAUUUUAGUACCAAUUCCAAGUUUUCAAGACACCUCAUCUUCCACUUGCCUGGUGCAGUUUUUAAGGACAACAUCCACGCUGGUAAGAUUGGCACUCAGUAACACUCAGUUAAGUUCUUAUCUAUCUAGGAUUUUGAUGGAUGGUAGUCACCACCAGAAUUUUCGUUCAGAUGAGCACCAUUAAAUUAAUAUUGAUUUUUCAUUUAUAGGAAACUUUGUUCGACACAUUUGUUCCCAGCUGGAAACAAAACUUGGUGAUAAAUAUGGCAUUUGUAACGAACAACCCGGAGAAAAAGACACAGCAGUUCAAACUGAAAAGGAACUAACCUACGAAGUAAAAAGCAUAUUUUCCUCAGGUGAAGGAGAGGUCUUUGGGUUUUAAGCUUGAAAUACCUUUUGAUUUAGCAUUUAUCUGCAUGGUAGGAAGCAUGAACUUUCAUCCGUCUUGAAUAUAAUUAUGGUUAAUAGACAUACUGUUUUUUUUGUUUUCCUUACUUUUUUGUACACCUUUCGCGUACCGCAUUUUCUCGAAUAAGUGAAUUUCUCACGCCUUAAACGCGGCGCGUAUUCAAGGGCGGCGUUUAUUUGAAAGUCGCACGCGACAAAGAAUUGUUUUAAUUAGGCGGCUUAAGCUAAAAGAAUUAACAUUUUUGUAUCAGAACCGCGGCGCUUAUUUUGGGGCAGAGCUUAUUAACUUUUUUGUCCAAAAUGCGGCGGUUAAUCGGGGCGGCGCUUAUUUGAGUAAAUGCGGUUAUUUCUUUGAUUUUAUUACGUUUGAUGCUUGACUUGUUUAUUUUCCCUCUGGAACAACAUGAUUUAUUCUUCAUUUUGCAGUUUUUCUUGAGAAACUGAGAGAACUGAUGAUCAAAGAUGGAAAGCCGGGUGGAUUUGGAAUCUUUUGUGACCAAGGUAUACAUAUUGAUUUAUUAGGGAUUUAUUCGAGACAAAAUCUUCAGCCUGCAUAACGGGUGUUAUUUUGUCCAGCGCAAAGCACGAGACAUUAACUUCCGCCCUGUUAGCUCAGUUUGAAGAGUGCCGGUCUGCUGAGUUGAAGGCCGUGAGUUCUAACCUUGGCUGGACCACCAACCAUUAAAAACUGUUAAGAUCAUGAUAGCUGUAUUUCAGUCCCUCUCUCAGUUAAGACGAUCACGUCAUUGGGUGGUGACGUGAAGCCGUUGGUCUCGUGUCUUUCAUCCUUGCUCAUCAGUUGGAAGGGAACUCUAAAGAACCUGUGACAUUGUUCGAAAAGAGUAGCGGGCGUAGUCCCGGUGUUAUGGUCUAUCUGACGUGUGCCGUCAUUCGUCUGUGUGGGUUCAGGUGACGUAAAAAAUAUAAGGAGAACUUAGAAAUUACUUGCAACCAUUAUGGCUCUUGUUGCAACUGAAACCUUAAUCUAAGGAACGUUUUCGUGCCUUUAAACUUUUUCAAAGCAUGCAUCGGUGAAUCGGUGAACCUGAAACUCUGGCAAGUGAAAGACAUUAUCGAAACUAUAACUAAAAUAGGUUUGCUUUGAUUCGCAAUAAUUUUCUAGCCGCGUUGUGGGGCUCUGAGUAUUUUGUCCCGCCACACCGAGCCAGUUCACUCGUCUCAAAAAUUGAAAAUUAGGCGCAUUUCGCGGCGCUGUAAAAUGUUUGUAUCUCACAACCUCAAAUGAACCUUCCGUUCAACGAGCUGUACACGGCCAAAUGCGAAGUGACCCGUAAAUCCCGCAAAUGCGGAAAUCCGGAUAUGCGGAAGUCGGCAAAUCUGACAGCAGUCCGAGACCAAAGCCUAUUCCAAAAAACAGAGAUACUGCCUUUGUUUAGAGCUUCCCCUGGAUAAAUACAUCCAGCUAAAUGGCCUAACUGUAACUGUUUGUUUUUCACUAAACUGAAACGCGGUUCCAAGAACGAUUGCGUUCGGCAAAUAGGCUGAAUGGGUUCCAUAACAAACAGUUAUUAUCAGUUGACCUGUCACAAACAUGCGGUGUGCGCCAACAUAUCACACUUUUGAGGACAUAAUACGCUAUGUACGUUGUCUACAUUUGGAAUCUGAGCGUGGCGAGAUCUACGAAACCGAGUCAUCCCGGUUGUCGCGACUUAUCAGUGUAGAGGCCCUUAAGAAUCGCCUGUUAAAAUGGGAUAAUAUGUCCCGGCCAGUGAGUGCGUUUAUUUGGAACCGAUCGUUACUAAGUAGAGAGGGGAGGGGAGAGCUUGAGCAAAUGGAGGAAAGCCUUUUUCAAAUUUUACUGACCCUCCCCCUUGUAAAGCAGUUACCCACUCUACCCACUCCCUGAAUUGACUAUUUUACAUUCGGAACUGGGUCUGUCCUCCCGAACCUUGUCGUCAGAACACCUACAUUUUCCCUCUUGUCUUAUUCUUCUUUUUUCAUUGUCCCAUUUGAUUCUUAAAUGCGUAUUACAAAGCAUUCUAAGCAUAAUUUCGGUCGCUGGAUCACUGGGCGCAGAGGAAUUAUUUGUGACAUUGAUUGCAGUUAAAUUUGUCACGCCUUUGUUUACGAUAGAAUCGAAUACGAAACCAGCCUUUAAUCCAUCGGCGGGGAAAGAACCAGUAGCGUUGCGCACAAAUUCUAAAAAUAGUUUACGUCACAUGCCCCCCGCGUGACUGUUUUUUGCGUAUUUUUAUUGGGAAAAUGGUAAAAGCAAGCGUUGCAGCUGGGAAGAAUGUAAAAGGGACUCAAGGAUCCCCGAAAAAGUUGUCUGAGUUGCUAAGUAAAUGCGAGAAAUCCGAAAAGAAAGCUGUGUUUUAUUGAGUGACCAGGCAGCCGGGAAAUGUUUUGAAAGAAGUAGAUACAUGGCGGUCUGAAAUUUAAUCCAUUUUUUACGAUAUAUGCAGGCGCUUGGAAGUAGUGGGCGUAAGAAAGAACGGGCGCGCGAGAGGGAGACACGCGUGUCCCUCUCGCGCGCCAGUUCUUUCUUACGCCCAUUUAAUACUUCCAAGCGCCUGCGAGUUCUCCGAUUUAAUUCUUCUAAAAAAAAAAAUGUUUCUUUAGAAAUCUCAAGCGAUUUCAAACAUUGCCUUGGGUUUGAAGUAGAGUCAAUCGUCGAAGGUGGGUAUAUAGUGAAAUCUCAAUGUUUUUAACACUUCACCGGCGUGACGCACAGAGUGAGUUUUCAAAGGAUAUCCAGAAAAAUUAUCAUCGAAACCUCCCCGGAGCAUUUGAUGUUUGUUCCCAAAUGCUAAGCAAUUCUAAAAAAGGUUUAGUCUUCUAGUGGACGAAUUCUCCGAGCUUGAGUAUAUUCGAAUCUCGAAUCGUGGGGACGGUUCUAAGAAUACUAGCCCGGAACAGCCCGGUAGUCUGAAAUAUUACUACGGUCUCUCUGUUUUUCACGCAAAACUGAACUUAUCGAAUAUCUGGUACGACUACGACUCUUUCUACUUCGGCGCACAUAAAUCGAAAUUUGUACACAAAUAUCAAAUUUUCUUAAAGGAAUUAUUGAAAAGUGGACUUGAAUAUCAGACUGCCAGGUAUCUUGUUCUUUGAAAACAUUUACCGGCUGCAGUAAGGUAUCGAGACACAACGUUUAAAAGUCCUCUCAUUUUCUGCUCUGCUUCAAUCUUUUGUACUUAAGCUAUGUUUUGAUUUAUUCUUCAUUAUAUUCUCCUGGAUCUUUCUCGAAUUUCGAAACUGGAACGCACCUGAAAACGCCAAAAGGGCGAGCAGAACUGAUCGCAAACUGUGCGUUUUCAUACAGCACUCUUGCGACCUUUUGCAGAAAUGGCCGAUGAUUGUCUGAGUCUUGGUAGAGGUCAUGUUUUUGUGACGUCAUCUGUGCGCAGCGCUAUUCAUUGUGGGUUUGCGACGGUGUAACAUGUAUUUAAAGGCAGAUUUCAGAGAAGACCAAUUUGGAUUGACCUUGAGCGACAGUGGUGUAAAUUAAUAGUGGUUCAAGUUUAAGUUCAGUGCCAAUGCCAAUGUCAAAUAAACGCUACAUAAGGAGACCAAGUUUCUGUCAUACAGCCUGAUCCAGGCAAUCGAUGAGCACAGCUGUGAACAUCAAGACUGUCCUCCGGAGUCAACAUGCCACGAACACAGCAACCCAGUGUCCAGAUCCGAGAUGCUGAAGGGAUCUUCCUUAAUGGAUACACUUUUAUUAUCGCAGCUCCAAAACGCUCUCUCGAAAGAGCCUAUUUUGACGAUGAGCUCUUUGCAUAUAUGGAGAAAAGAGCACGAGAAGACCCGCAGUUUAGAGGUGCAUACUGGGAACACUUCAACGAUCGCGAUGCAUGUGGAAAACAUAUCAUCGUUGGGGACCAUUAUCACAUCGCUGUCACGAGACAACGUCCCCGAGAAGGUGAAGCGUCUUCAAGCGCCCUUGGUUGUUGGGUACGUGACAAAGCUGAAGGAUAUGGUACCGAAACUCUUGAAGGACAAAAUAUAUUCAAACCUUCAGGAUUAUUCCUGUACCUUAGAAGACCUCCACGAUCCCUUGCGUACUAUACAGAAAGUAUAAAGGACCUUGUCUUUGAAAAGAAUGGAUACAAGUAUUUGCACCAUGUGCCACUAGAACCAGGAAGCCAUCCUGAAGUGCCUGGGGUCGAUGAAGGAUUUAGUGGUGCAGGUGCUCUUUUCGACCCAGGAAGUGCGCAAACCAAAGGUGGAGCCGUACUGUUCGAUGUUAUGUCCGUCAUACACAAGUCCAAAGCCGGGACCAUCGAGCAGUUCCAGUCUUGGGUCCUAUCUAGAGAUCCGGCAAGAGCAGCUACAAUCAUGGAAGAGCAUUUCAGUAAAAGGAACUUAAACCAGACAUUAGCAACGGCAAUGGAUUGGUACUCAUUGACCCAGUCGGCAAAACCCUGGCGAGAGCAGAUGGGAAGUAUCAUAAAGCCCGAAGGUGUCAAGGUUAUGUCAGUGGAACGUAGCCUGAAGAUGUUUGAUGUUAUCAUGAAGUGGCAGUUCAUUAAAGACUGCAUGAACAUUAUGGAAAAGUCUAUUCAAAAACAAAACACAUUGUUGUUGAUUGGCAGUUCAAAUGCCGCAAAAUCUCAAAAAGCUCAGUCACUUGCACUGACUGCAGCUAAGAUUUCACGUUUGUAUCAGGGCUUGAAUAAUAGUUUUGUUUUUCAAGAUUUGUUAAGUAAAAAUGUAGUUAUUCACCAAGAAGCCCUGUUGGCCAAAGCAUCUUACGAGAUGUUUAACCUUGUUAUGGAAGGUGCAGUCAUAGACACUGAAGUGGUAGUUAAAGGCAAAGCAAAUGCCUUGUAGGGUCAGAUAUUUUCGACAUAUUCUCGGUUUGCACUGUCACGCAAUGAAAAAUAAAAAUUGCAACCCAUUCAAUACAGAACGUCUAGAAUCUGGGAAAUGAAAGAAGAUAAAUAUGCAAAACGUCUUGCCAAAAAUCAGGUCUGUGCAAUAUUUCAAAUGCGAGAUAUUUUGAAAAACGAUUUACUAAAUUUAUAAAGCUUUGUAUGGAAACGCCAUGUUGGAGUCCCUUUCAGGGACACCAAUAUGGCCGCCGGAUACCAACAUGCAGAAACAUCUGUUUUCGAGUUUUUCUACUAAUGCGUGAAUUAUUCGCGUGGGGAACUCAUAAAGAUUAAAGUAAUAUUUAUUCUGAGACAAGGAAUGUUUAGAUAGCAAAAUAUCCCAAAAUCGGUCAUGUUUUUAGCCUACAUAAGAGCUCUCCUGGCCGUCAGCUAAAUGCCGCGUCACGCAAAAGCCUGGAACUUCAAGCGUCCUCUCUCGCAAAUCGAAGUACCCUUUGGAACCAAAAAUUUGUUUAGAUAAAAGUGUUCAGGUGCUGUAAUACCUCGUGAAAGUAGAAACUCAGAAGAAUCGAUAGUUUCUUAGUUUGAUUUUUAGUGACGUCACGUGCAAACCAAGAAUAUCAACACUUGUCAUUAAGUACCCUGGACUAUGGCUGACCCUUUAUAUGUAAAUGCGUUUCAAAAUAGUUGCAUCAGGUAUGAAUUACAGCGUUGGAAUGACUUGUUUCAAUUUGCAAGGGAGGGUGACAUGAAUCUAGAAAUGUAGAUUUUAAAAACUGAUUGAAGAGUUCGAUAAACAUGAAGCUGCAAAACAAGAAGGAAUGCUUGCUUGUGAUGAGGAAGUUGACUUCUGUAUAUGCUGAGACUAUUGGGCCCGAACUUCCUCUUGUGUCACAUGCAGGAACUUACUUAGAUGUCUGGAGAUUGUGCUUCACAGAUUCUCGAGGAGUUGGAAGUACUUCAACUUACUCCUGAAAAUGCUGUUGUAUCAGAAACUCCGACCUGAACCUCCUAGAAAACGUCGUGCAAAUAAGUAGAGAUUGUACAGGAUAAAGUCCAAUUUCAAAGUCAAAUACAAGUUCAAGUUUACCAAGUUCAAGUUAAAUUUUACCAAUGUCAAGUUCAUAUAUAACCAACAUAAAUGCAAAGUCAAAGACUUUUAAAUAGAACUAUCCACUUGUGAUGAAAAUUUUUCAGAUUUCUUGUUUUUUUGUGACAAAGAAACGUAAGACAUUUACAAUAUUCUAAGUUAGUCUGUUUUUGUUUUAUUUUGGUUGUUUGUUUGUUGUUUGCUUUUUUUGGCAACAGAUUAACACAGAUAAAACUUUGAAAAUAUUCAUCAAAAUCUCUAAAACUCCCCUUGUCUAAAAAUUUGUAGCUACCUUAUUACAUGAAAUUUUCGCGACACUGAAAUUUCGCGAAUUUUGCCAUUGUUUUGAAAUAGCGAAAUUAUUGUGACGCGAACAAUUAGUGUCGCUAAAAAAAGGACAAUAGAAUGGCGAACAUAACGAGACGCAAAAAAGGGAAGUAAUUCAUAUUGUGUCAACAAUAAGGGAAAAUGAGUUUAUUACCGAUUGAAAGGUUAACAAAAUCACAUAUUCUACUAAUCUGAGGCAAUUUCCUCCCAAUCGCUACUGCUUUUGUCUCCAGCACUUCUUUUAAAUAGUCCUCCAAUCGCAGAAAUCUGGAUUUCUGAAUUUUCGGGUUUCGCAUUUCUAAUCACCUUGUAGAGGCCACUUGAACAGAAUGUUUAUUUGAGGAUGUAGCUCUUAAAUCUCAGUUUUCUAACCCAAAUGAAACUUGCUAAGUUAUUUUUCUGAUUCUCGAGCAAACUCAACUCUGGACAGUUGUUUUACCAAGCUAUUGAGCUCGAAAUGUGACACAGUUUCGCCUGUUUUGAGCUUCGGAUUGUCACCAUGGGAUUCAAAUAAGGUCGCAUACAAGCAGUUUCUAUAGGACAUUUAUGGGAAUCCAACAUCUUAGGGAUAAGAAUAUGGCUCAGUUUAUGAGUCAAUGCUAGCAGUGGAUUAGAUAAGCCGUACUUUUGAUAAAAUCUGAUAGAUCCAUUACGCUAGAGCCGAAAUUAUCGCAUUACUUCGCGUCUGCGACGAACAGUCAUAACUUUAAAGUACCGAAAUAGUACACGAGUUUUUGUGUGUUCU